GUUGAGCGCUGAACGCCGGGCGGCUCGGAGGUCUGUGAUCGCGGUUCUGCUCGCCUGAAACGGAGCACCGGAUCGCCACGCGCUCGCUGGAGGAACGGAAAGCGCCGCCGCUGCGCAUGCACAAUUUACCGAGAGUUACCGAGCAGAAAGAGACGAGCGGAGCGGAGAGAUGGUGGAUAACAGCGGCAGCGGCAAAACACAGAUGGAGGCUGGUUUGGGUGGGUUUCCCCACAGCGGCUCCGCAGGAGUGAAGCUGGAGCAAAUGAUGGAGCAUCUUCAGCGGCAGCAGCAGGCGCGUCUGGAGAUGGAGCACAAGGAGCGCAGGCUGCGUGAAGCUCACAUCAUGUACGCGCAGCAGCUCGCGGCUCAGCAGGCCGUUCUAGCCGCCGCUCAGGCUUCAGGGGCCGGGUUCAUGAGCAGGGGCCUCGGCUCUUCUGGAGCCGGACAUCCGUCCUGUGUCUCCAAUCAAAGCAGUUUGGACUCGGAACACGAGGAGGAACGAGGCCGAGACUCAUACGAUGAUGAUGGGAUGAUGGAGGGCGAUGAAGGCAGCGAGGAUGAAGACGGGUUGGAGUUCCUCAGGAAGCAGACGCUGGCGCUGCAGCAGGGAGCCGUUCACUUCUCGGACCCCGGGGCCCCUGCAGACGCACCGAGAGCUCCGUCUCCCGCCGUCAGGGUCAAACAGGAGCCCGAGGACGAUCUCUCACCCGUCGGGCGACCCUCAGCAUCUUCUCCUAACGGUCAAGCGGACUGGAGCUACGAGGAUCACUUUAAAGUGACACAAUCAGGAAAAACCUCUUCUCGUGUGGUUGCUCUUGUGUUGAAUUACCUGAAGCGAAGGAGCGGUGAAACCGCGUCCCGUGUGUGUCGUGAAAUCAACAGUCUCCUCACCAGAAAUAACCGAAGGCUCGGUGACAGCCGCAAAUAG